UUCCUUGGCAGCAAGAGGAAGAAAUUAAAAAUAUGUAGAAGCUGUGCGUAAAAAUCCACAAGAUUCCUGUGAGGGGCUGAUCGUCGGAGGGAGGAUUGUACCAAAGUGCGACUUGAGGAGCAGCUUAUUCAUGCAAAUUCAUAAAAUCAUAGGCGUGCCUUUGGGCGAUGGAGUCACAGCCGGAAAAGCAAACCCCCUCCUGGAUCAUCAGCGACCUUCAAAGACUGUGAUGCGCAGCGCUCGGACGCAUUGACAGUGGCACCGGGGCAAAUGUUUUAAAAGACCAGAGAAAGAGAAGAGAAAGUUUCGUUUUCUACGCGCUUCUUGACUGACUGCACUUCUUUCUCAACACAACACCAGCUGCGCCACUGGACUUCCAACCAUAGGCUUGUUGCGCAAACUAACGCACUGCUAUUUAACGCACCCAAGGGUCUUUAAUAUUUGUAUUCUAUUUCUUUAUGUUUACAGUCAAUUCGGACGACUCCACAUACUAAGAAUCCGGAUGAAGUUACAACCAUCGUACUUACUAUACAGAAUGUGUGCGUAAAGACGCGAUCACUCAUUUCUUUUCAUUUUCAGAAAACUAUUUUAUUUUAUUUUUAUUUUAUUUAAAUCGCUGAGGACUUUCCACCCUUCAUUAUGUCAGAGGACGACAGUAGCUCCACUACCAGCUCUAUGUCUGACACUGAAAGCAGCAACGUCAGCGUCCUCAACUGGGAGCAAGUGCAGCGACUGGACGCCAUCCUGACGGAGACCAUCCCGAUCCACGGCCGGGGGAACUUCCCCACUCUGGAGAUGCAGCCGCGGCAGAUCGUCAAAGUGGUGCGGAGUCGGAUGGAGGAGAAACAGAUCCACGUCCGGGACGUUCGGUUAAAUGGCUCUGCAGCCAGCCACAUUCUGCACGGGGACAGCGGACUGGGCUAUAAGGACCUUGAUCUCAUAUUUUGCGCAGAUAUGAAAGGAGAAAGUGAUUUCCAGACUGUGAAGGACAUAGUUUUGGACUGCCUCCUGGAUUUUUUACCCGACUGUGUAAAUAAAGAAAAAAUCAGCCCGCUAACUUUAAAGGAAGCCUAUGUGCAGAAGAUGGUGAAGGUGUGUAAUGACUCAGACCGCUGGAGUCUCAUCUCCCUCUCCAACAACCGGGGCAAGAAUGUGGAGCUGAAGUUUGUUGACUCUCUCCGGCGGCAGUUUGAGUUCAGUGUGGACUCCUUUCAGAUCAAACUGGACUCCCUGCUGCUGUUCUACGAGUGCUCAGAGAACCCAAUGGCCGAGACCUUCCACCCCACCAUCAUGGGUGAGAGUGUGUACGGGGACUUCAGCGAGGCUCUGGACCACCUACGUCACAAGAUCAUAUGCACCCGGAACCCUGAAGAGAUCCGAGGCGGGGGCCUGCUGAAGUACUGUCACCUGCUGGUGAGGGGUUUCCGGGCUGCCUCUGAGUCAGAGAUGAAGUCCCUGCAGCGCUACAUGUGCUCACGCUUCUUCAUUGACUUCCCUGACAUUGGUGAGCAGCAGCGCAAGCUGGAGUCCUAUCUUCAAAACCACUUUGUGGGCCUGGAGGACCGCAAGUAUGACUACCUGAUGACCCUUCACGGGGUGGUCAACGAGAGUACGGUGUGCCUGAUGGGACAUGAGAGGCGGCAGACCCUCGGGCUCAUAGCCAUGCUGGCAGUGCGCGUUCUUGCUGAGCAGAAUGUCAUCCCCAACGUGGCUAAUGUUACAUGUUACUACCAACCUGCUCCUUAUGUGGCAGAUGGCAACUUCAGUAACUACUACAUAGCACAGGUUCAGCCGAUGUUUGCUUGUCAGCAGCCUGCAUACUCCACCUGGCUGCCCUGUAACUGAGUCAGCCCCGAGGAAAAGGUGGAGGGGAGAGAUUUGUUUAAACAGGAGUGAGUAGCAAACCUGCCCAGAGUUUGACAGCUGACAGAAAAAGGAGUCUUCUUUUUAAUGUUUUGCAUCAAAGCUUGUGUUUUUGUUCAUACGUUUAGUAUGAACAGUUGGCUUUCACUUCAAGUACGUAUUUCAAUGUGAAUAAUCUCACAUUUCUUGAAAUGUCAACUGAUCCUGCACAGGCCUACCAGGUUUGGAAAAAGAACUAAUUUGGGGUAGCUUGGAAAUAAAAGCAAAUGUGUGACGGUCUUGAAUGCAAGCAGCAGAACUGUCAUCGUGAAAGACUGAUCGAAUCUGUCAAGAACUGAUUAGCCAGCAGACCAAACGGCUGCAUCAGUGCCCUCAAGUUGACAGCUACUCCACACACAUACACUCACACACUCAAGGUGAAAUCAGUGGUGUGUGCAGGGCUCCAAAACGAGCACCCUGAACUCUGUUUAAUGUCAGCAUAACUGAGGUGAGAUGCUCUUAAACUAGUUUGGAUAACAAACUGGCAUCUCUGCCUUGCAUUUGGAUAUAAUUAUGGUUGUUUACAGACCAAAGAAUUUUUUGAUUGUUUCUAACAUUCAAACCCUAUUUCGAUGGGGGGGUGGGGGGUGGGGUGAGGGAUAAACAAAAUAUGAAGCUAUGUCUAUUUGUAUAUGUGAACAUAUGUGUGUUUUAAGUGCCUAUAAAAUAAUGAGCAGACCAUAUGAUUUUGUUUAUGGUCAGGCACACAAGACAAUAGCACCCCAGAGGCUUGUGAAUGUAUAUGUGAAAUCAUGCAGCGUUUGUUUAUGUUUGGACAAAAAAUAGGGCACCACGCUUUAGUGUGGAUUUUGCAGUAAAGUAGCAGUCAAAUGUGCAAUUAACAGAUUGUUGCAAGAUCUACAUUUUUCAUGUGAGUAUUUGGAAAUUCUAGAUUUCAAUCUUCUCUGACUGAGAAGCCAAACUUGCGGUGCUGCAUGUCCCAGUUAAUGCAGGUACUGCAUAUUCAUUAGGAUGACAAGCAUUUUCAGAUCAUAAGCAAAAAACAAAACAAACAUUCACCCACCCACAAUUUCCUGUAUAUUUUGUACAGUGGUGCUUCUCUUUUUUCUCAUCUGAGAAAAAAACACGCAAGAAGUAGAUAAGAGACAGAGACAGAGAGAGAGAGAGAGAGAGAGAGGAGAGAGAGAGGAGAGAGAGUGCAUUCAGAGAGCUGGUAUCUGUUCCCUAUGCUUCCUCCUACAAGUAGAAAGAUAUUUGCAGAGACACCUCAGAUGAUGAGACACUAUUUGCUGUAGCACCCUAGCAGGGAAUUCCUCAGCUGCUGCUGAAGAGCUUGAACUUAGCUGGGGUUGGGUUCUGCAGACGCUCUGUUCACGGUUCAGAAAAAUGUUGUGCCAAAAUAUUUAGUUGGCCUGCUGAUAGCCCUUAUGGUUUAAUGCAGCCAUAUGUUGAUGUAGAAAGAAAUGUGCUGUGUUGAUAUAAAAGACGGGGAAAAACAGACAGUAGGGGGAGAAAAAAAGGGAAAGAAAGGAAGAUGUAGUGGUUAAAAAGGCAGGAGGGAGAGAGAGUCGGUCUGGAGAGAUGGGUGCAGCUGGUGAUGGGGUUUAUCUCUCUAGGGCUACCAUGCUUUACUGUAAAAACUGUCUCUGUUAAGGUCAGACUACAACUUAAUGGACAGUGCUGCAACUCUUCCCUUUUUUCAGGGAAACCAAAACAUUCUGUAAUCAGCAUUUGCUAUCUGUUUUAAUCAUGUGAUUGUGAAGAAAACUGCAUGCAUUCACACCAGCUUCAGGAGACUUUUAAGUUGCAACCUAUGCUUCAUUUGUGAGGUUGCUUUAAUGAUGGUUAUUAAUGUUUUUUUUAUGCUUUAUUCCACACCAUUUUAAGGAACUGUGUAUAUACAUGAUUACAUGCUUCAGCUUUGCCAACUCACUUACUCCUUGCAAACUAAACUGCAGCCUUUCUUGACAGCAGAUAGAAAGAAAGAAAAAGUAAUUACAAGCAUAAAAGGUAUGUUAGGAAAAAGACCAGCAUUAACUCAACACUGCGUUGAAGUUCUCUCGCUGAAAAAUCCUUUCUUUCUCAUCCUCUGACUCGCUGUUCAGUUUUUUCAUCUUCUCACAUCUGUCCACAUCGAUGAUAUUGUUCCGAUUGUGCAGGCAAUGUAUUGUCAUUUUAUACUCAGUGAAGUCCUAACAGCUGACUAGCUAGCUAGCUCCUGUCAGUUAGUGAUUGUGCCUGUCAGGUAGAGAUUGUGGGUUUACUGCAUUGUCUUGUAUGCGUUGUCUCAAAUAUCUGUUUCUGUUCAUGCAGUCUUUUACAAAUCACAAUUUGAGAAAGACAGAAAAAGAUCCUUGUCUUGUAUGUAUAUUUUUUAUGAUUGUUAUUUUUAUAAAUGUAUCAGACACUGCAGGUGUUGCAGUGCUUUUGAAUCUGUGAUCGGGCUUCAAAGGAUAUGUUCUCAAUAGCUUUUUUGCUAUAAUAUGUUAUGUGUCCAAUGGGUCAAAAGGUUAAAGAUGUUUUCAUCAAUAAAAAUAUCUGAAAACCAGA